UAAAUGAGAGGAAGAAUGGCAUUCCACCAUUUUUCUCCGCCGCAUUACUUACCAAUCCUAUUCUUUGUUUGUUGUGUCGUAUCCCUGUUGCCUAAGCCUGCACUGUGCGCGACGAGGCACUACACGUUCAAUAUUGUACAGCACAAUGUGACCAGAUUGUGCCACACCAAGAGCAUUGUAAGCGUGAACGGGCAAUUUCCAGGCCCUCGCCUGGUAGCAAGAGAAGGUGAUCAACUCAUCAUCAAGGUGGUUAACCAUGUAGCAAACAACAUAACCAUUCACUGGCAUGGAGUCCGGCAACUCAGGACCGGUUGGGCUGAUGGACCAGCGUAUGUAACCCAAUGCCCGAUUCAAACUGGCCACACAUACACCUACAACUUCACACUGACGGGGCACAGAGGCACUCUCUUCUGGCAUGCUCACAUUUCUUGGCUCAGGUCCACCGUGUACGGACCGCUUAUCAUCUUCCCCAGGCGCAAUGAAUCUUACCCCUUUGAAAAGCCAUACAAGGAAGUUUCCAUUUUGUUUGGAGAAUGGUGGAAUGCAGACACGGAAGCCGUAAUCAGCCAGGCUCUUCAGACAGGGGGUGCCCCAAAUGUUUCCGACGCCUACACCAUCAAUGGGCUUCCAGGACCCCUCUAUAAUUGUUCCCAUAAAGAUACAUUCAAGUUGAAGGUGAAACCAGGCAAGACGUACAUGCUACGCCUGAUAAAUGCAGCAAUGAAUGACGAACUAUAUUUUAGUAUAGCCAACCAUUCGGUCACUAUUGUUGAAGCCGAUGCUUUAUAUGUCAAACCGUUCAAGACUGAUGUAGUUGUUAUAACCCCAGGCCAGACCACCAAUGUGCUUCUGAAAACCAAGCCAACCUCUCCAACUGCCACCUUCAUCAUGGCUGCCGCACCCUACUUUACAGGGCAAGGUACCAUUGACAAUUCCACUGUUGCCGGGAUCCUUGAAUACCAACACGACGCUUCCAUUGCAAACAAAACAGUCGUAAACCCAACCCUGCCUGCAGUGAAUGCCACCAGUUUUGUUGCAAACUUCACCAGGAAAUUCCGUAGCUUAGCCACAGCCAAAUUUCCAGCAAACGUUCCACAAACAGUUCAAAAGCGCUUUUACUUCACCAUAGGACUCGGAGCAAGUCCUUGCCCUGCUAACACAACCUGCCAAGGACCAAAUGGCACAAAAUUUGCAGCUUCAGUAAACAAUAUUUCUUUUGCUCUCCCAUCAACAGCUCUUCUGCAAUCCUACUUUUUCGGUAAAUCAAAUGGUGUUUUCACCACUGAUUUCCCAACUCAACCCACAAAUCCAUACAACUAUACUGGAACACCGCCUAAUAACACAAUAGUUACCAAUGCAACCCGGACUGUCGUGUUACAGUUUAAUACAAGUGUCGAGGUAGUGUUGCAAGACACUAGCAUUCUGGGGACAGAGAGCCAUCCUCUUCACCUGCAUGGUUUCAACUUCUUCGUCGUUGGGGAAGGGUUUGGAAACUACGAUCCAAACAAGGACCCUGCCAACUUCAACCUGGUGGAUCCAGUGGAAAGGAAUACAGUGGGGGUUCCAUCAGGUGGCUGGCUCGCCAUUCGGUUCUUUGCAGACAAUCCAGGAGUAUGGCUUAUGCACUGCCACUUUGACGUGCACACAAGUUGGGGUUUGCGAAUGGCAUGGAUUGUACUCAAUGGGUUCCUCCCUAAUGAAAAAUUACCACCACCUCCUUCAGAUCUUCCAUCAUGCUGAUUGGGUCCCCUUAAUUUACAAUUUUCCUUGAGUGUUUUUGUUGUACUUUCUGCCCCAUAAAUUUGCUUCAUUUGUUCAAUUAUGAGACAAUGCCUUUCAACUGCAUGUUAUUUUCGUUAGCCAGCUACGAAAGCUGUGCAAUAAACCAAGUCAUAGGAUACAUUAGGGUUUAGAAUCA